ACGAUUAGCGCUCCUCGGCCACCAUUUGCGAUAAGCCGGUUCAACUCGUAAUAACUGCCACUAGUGUCCAUAUAUACUUAGAAAUAUUAAUGGUGUACGAUAUGUUGUUGCUGCUCGUCGCGGCGGUCUUCACCAGCAGGACUGCCUUUGCGUUGCAGAAUCCCUAUUGUUCACUCACGUGCGACUUUGGUGGCGGGCGGAGUUAUUUUCACACUGUGUGCGAACGUGAAAAAUUCAAAUGUGGACCGGGGCCGAAAUGUGGGCCGGAUUUCAAAGAGGUUGAGAUGACUGAUGCUUUGAGGCAGUAUAUCCUGGAUUUACACAAUGAAUUGAGGAACAACGUUGCGGCUGGGAAUGAAACUCGAGGUGGAAGACAACCACAAGCAAAGAAAAUGAUGACUAUGAAAUACAGCAAAGAAUUAGAAUACAUCGCUCAAUGUUGGGCAAAUAACUGCCAAGGCAACCCUUUGAUUCAUGAUGUAUGCAGAGCGACCAAACAACACGAACAUAUCGGCCAAAAUCUCGGUUUUCUCAACAGCACACACGCUUACAAGAACAUCAAGGAUGCGAUGCGACAAUUGGUAAUGAAUUGGUAUGACGAAGUGGCACUGUUCCGACGCGAAUGGGUACACGACACGCAAGACAGAGGUCCGAACGUUAAAGUCGGCCAUUACACGCAAAUGAUCUGGGCUGAUACGGAUACCCUCGGAUGUGCUGUGGCUUCUUACACGUCGCCAAACCCACGAUCAGCCAUUAAACAGGAACCCACCAAACAGUUCCAUCCAGUUUACGGCGAGAUUAUCAUUCUGCCAGCGAAGAUCAACAAGAAAUGGCAUCAUCUUCUUCUUGUGUGCAACUAUUCGCCUGGUGGUAAUUACCUGGGCGCGCCAUUGUAUGACCAGGGACUGCCAUGCUCCGGAUGCCCAAAAGAUAAACCAUGCUCGAGAUAUUCGUCCAUGUGUGGAGAUCGCUCAGAUGUGCGGACAACCUAUGAUAACUUCACGCCGUUCUUCCGAUUCUGAAGAUUAAUUUAGCUGCGUAUCAAGUAUUAUAUCGAGAUUAAUACCGAGUAUUGAUUGGAUUGUAAAAACUUAUUUAAAGUUAAAUGUUAGACAUGAUAGGUGUCUGCAAAUAAAACCUGUUUAUGUAUAUAAACAAUAUGCACACUUA